AUGCGGGCAAUCUUUGUCCUUCUUUUCGCGUUUAAACUGUUUAUUCUUACAAAUCAACAAGGCGGAAGAUAUUUAGUGGCUCUUGGAGAUUCGUUCACAGCUGGCGGUGGUUCAAAAUCUUAUCCACAUAUAGCAGCAGGUUUAUUAAAUUGGCAAGUCCGUAAUUUUGCGGUCGGCGGAGCUACAACACACGAUAUAUUUUCACAAUUAAUCAACAGUGGCACUGUGUUACCAUUAGCGACUCACGUAGUUCUAACCAUCAGUGGUAAUGAUCUAGAUGGCCUUGCAAAAUUGGCGAAUAUCGCUCGAGUUAAUCUCACAGCAUUCGAAGAGCAAUGUACUAGGUUUAAACCAACACUUGCCUCUACUUAUAAACAAAUCAAAGCUGCAGUUCGUGCUGAAACUAAAAUCUAUGCUCUGCCGUAUGUCGAUUUCAUUAGCGUUGGAAACAGAGUUCCUUAUGAGUAUGAGUCUCACAAAAUAAUUCAAACAUUGAAUAAGCUUGUUGAAGACGCAGCUGCUGAAGCGAAUAUCUACUAUGUGGCCGCUGUCGUUUCGGCCUUUCGCGAUCAUGAAAUGUAUUCUUUGGAUCCUUAUAUAGAUGAUUUCAAGCAUCCAACAAAUCCGGUCCAUCCUAAUUUGAAAGGUCACGCAAAAAUCGGAGAAGUCCUUGCUGCUUAUCUACAAGUUAAUUCAGGCUGA